UAUAAAAGUUCAAUGGGCAAAUAACACAUUUUUUGGAAAAUAAAAAAUAUUAGGAAUUGAGUCCGCCCGCGCCGUGUGCAGCCGACGGAGGAGGAAGAAGCUUCUUUUAUUGCCAGUUAUUUAUGGCCACCUUGGACUCCGACGUUCCAAUGGUUCCAGCCGUCGAGGCUUCGAGCAGUGCCGGUCCUUCAUCUUCCAAGAAACCCAAGCGUUUUGAGAUCAAAAAAUGGAACGCCGUCGCUCUUUGGGCAUGGGAUAUCGUUGUCGAUAACUGUGCGAUCUGUAGGAACCAUAUCAUGGAUCUUUGUAUUGAGUGUCAAGCUAACCAGGCCAGCGCAACCAGCGAGGAAUGUACCGUAGCUUGGGGGGUGUGUAAUCAUGCAUUUCAUUUCCACUGUAUCAGUAGAUGGUUGAAGACACGUCAAGUUUGCCCAUUGGAUAAUAGCGAAUGGGAAUUUCAGAAGUAUGGUCACUAGAACUUUCGUGCUGUUGAGGAUAUGAUUUUUAUUCCUUAAAAUUCUCUUGGGGCUAUAAGGGUUUUGACGAUGGACUCUCCCAAUAAGAUUUCUGAACUAGCAGUCUCAAGAUGCAUUUUGUUGAACUACAGUUAUGCAGAGGAUUAAAUGACGCCAACUUGAAUACAUUAUCUGAUUAUACUCCGGAGUUGUUUAUAGAAAACGGGGUAGCACUUGAACGUUAGUUUGUUGUUGUGUGUGUGCAUGUUUGUUUGUUUGCUUUUUUAAUUUAAACAAUCGGGUUAAUCCUUUGUUUUACUGCUGCUUACAAUAUCUGUACUUGUAUUUACUUUAAGGUUUCAAUUAAUCUGGAAAAUUUGGAUUUAUUUUAGUUGCC